UUGUGGCCUGUGAGAGAACAAGGUCUAAAAGGUACCCUUUUCCAUGAAUUCCAUUCUCCUUGCCUUGUGGAACUGGCAGGCUGAGCUGUCACCCUGACAGCAGCUUCAGUAUCAUCUUUUUCCAGACAUCCACAAUGCAGAGUACCAUCAGAUCAUUCUUCCAGCCCCUAGCCCAAAUUAAGCCUGGAAAAGAGACAGCAGAGAAGAAGCAACCGGAAGACAAGACAACCCCUAAAAAGGAACCAAUACAUUCUGACCAGUUGGUGAAUGGUACAACUGUCCAUGAAGAUACCUCUGAGAAAUGUGUAGCCAAACAAGCCACUCAGGUCCUUAAUGGUGGAGGUGAAGAAGAUUCUGAGAAACCAGGAGGAAAGGAUACAAAGCAGGAACUGGAUGGUGUUCCUGAGGAACAGACACCUGUAGAGAACAUCUCCCCAAGCACCAGCCCAGUUGCCUCUAAUUCACCCUCACCUUCCAGCAUCCCCCGGCGCAGAACUGCUCGUAAGCAGCUCCCUAAACGUAAAUUGGAGGAAGAUGUCGGCAGCCAAGACGGCGGGAUGCAGGAGGAGCUGUGUGCUAAAAAACAGAAGACAGACGAUGCUGGAGAAGGCUCAAAAGAGGAGCCAGAUGAGAAGCCAAUGGAAGCGGAAGAUGUGAAAGAUGAGGAUUCUAAGAUGGUUGAGGAUAAAGCUGAGAAAGAAGAGGAAGCAAAGGAAGAGAAGACACCGACACCCUCCAAGCCACCCAGCAAACCUAUCUCUAGUUUUUUUGCCCCUAGGAAAGCUUCUGUGAAAGCAGAGAAAAAACAGACACCUUCAAGGAGGGAAAAUACGCCUGCACAAAAGAGCCACAGUGAAGUCAGUAGCCAUGAGUCUGGCAGCGCAAUUGGAAGUUCUCUCAGCUCGUCUCCCACACUUGCCCCAGCAGAUUAUAACCCCACUAAGAGCAACUAUCAUCCUGUUCAUGAUGCUUGUUGGGGUUCUGGACAGAGGGUACCGUAUCUGGCUUUGGCCCGUACUUUUGAGGAGAUCGAAGAGGAGUCUGCCCGGCUGAAAAUCAUAGAGACUCUGAGCAACCUGUUCCGCUCUGUGAUUGCUCUGUCUCCUGAAGACUUGCUGCCUUGUGUAUACCUUUGCCUCAAUCAGCUAGGCCCUGCAUAUGAGGGUCUAGAGCUGGGCAUUGGCAAAACCAUCCUCAUGAAAGCCUUGGCUCAGGCCACAGGUCGGCAGCUGGACCAGAUCAAGGCAGAGGCAGCAGAGAAGGGAGACCUGGGUUUGGUGGCGGAGAGUAGCCGCAGCACCCAGGGCACCAUGUUUGCUCCACCCAAGCUUGGUGCUGCUGUUGUCUUCAGCAAGUUACAGGCAAUUGGGCGUAUGACAGGGAGCUCUUCCAUGAACAAGAAGAUUGACAUUAUCAAGUCCUUGUUUGUUGCUUGCCGUUGCUCGGAGGCCCGCUAUGUUGCUCGGUCGUUGGAAGGGAAGCUGCGGAUUGGGCUAGCAGAGCAGUCUGUCCUGUCCGCCCUGGCCCAGGCAGCAUCGCUCACGCCUCCAGGACAAAAAUUCCCUCCAGAGAUUUUGGAUGCUUCAAAGGGCAAAUCUGCAGAGGCACGCAAAGCCUGGCUGGAUGAAAGAGCCUUGAUUGUUAAGCAAGCCUUCUGUGAGCUGCCAAAUUAUGACACCAUUGUGCCUGUCCUGCUAGAGCAUGGGGUAGAGAGCCUUCCUCAGCACUGCAAGAUCACACCAGGGAUCCCAUUGAAGCCAAUGCUUGCCCACCCAACCAAAGGCAUUGGGGAAGUCUUAAAGCGUUUUGAGGAAGCAGCUUUCACUUGUGAAUACAAGUAUGAUGGGGAACGGGCACAGAUCCACAUCUUGGAGAAUGGGGAAGUUCACAUUUACAGCAGGAACCAAGAGAAUAACACAUCCAAGUAUCCUGACAUUGUCAGCCGUAUGCCUAAGGUGAAAAAAAGCACUGUGCAGUCAUGCAUCAUAGAUGCAGAGGCUGUGGCCUGGGACCCAGAUUCAAAACAGAUCCAGCCCUUCCAGGUACUGACCACCCGCAAGCGCAAGGAUGUGGACGCUGCAGAGAUCCGAGUGCAAGUGUGUGUGUACGCGUUCGACAUGCUCUACCUCAAUGGGCAGUCUUUGGUCCGAGAACCCCUAGCCCAGCGCCGUACUUUGCUGCUUGAUUCUUUCACUGAGGUCGAAGGCCAGUUCCUCUUUGCCACCUCCAUGGAUACUAGCAACACCGACGAAAUAGCAGAUUUCCUGGAGUGCUCCAUCAAAGACUCAUGCGAGGGGCUAAUGUUGAAAACGUUGGAAGUGGAUGCCACAUAUGAAAUUGCAAAGAGAUCCCACAACUGGCUGAAGCUUAAAAAAGAUUACCUGGACGGUGUUGGGGACACACUGGACCUGGUGGUGAUUGGUGCUUACCUGGGCAAGGGCAAACGUGCAGGCACCUACGGAGGCUACCUCAUGGCUUGCUACGACGAGGAAAGCGAAGAGUUCCAGAGCAUCUGCAAGAUCGGCACUGGAUUCACAGACGAGAACCUGGAGAAACUUCAUGCCUCCGUCAAGGACCACGUGAUUCCACAGCCGCGCCCGUACUACCGCUGGGGUGGAACAGUUGAACCUGAUCAUUGGCUAGAGGCCCAACAUGUCUGGGAAGUGAAGUGUUCUGACUUAUCCAUUUCUCCUGUUUACAAGGCAGCCACUGGUUUGGUGGAUGAGGAAAAGGGAAUUUCUCUACGCUUCCCCAGAUACCUUCGCAUCCGAGAGGAUAAGAAACCGGAAGAGGCCACCGUCAGCACCCAGGUGGCUGAGCUGUACCGAAAGCAGCAACAGAUCCAAAACCAACAGACAGUGGAAAAAGGCGAUGACGAUUUUUACUAGUAAAGGUGCUUAUCUGGUUGGGCAAAAGGUCUCUUUUCUGCUUCUUCCUUGG